AUGAGGGUCGCCUGCGAGGUCGAGACCAUCAUCAUUACACCUCCGCGCAGGGUAAAUCAGCCGGCCAGCGAACCAGCCAGCCGCUGUCUCGUUUUGUGAAUAUGUCAUCUCUGUGGUAUGUGUGUGAUGAUGUAGGGUGGCGACCCGUCGCAAAGUGGUGGCAGCAACGCGAUGGCGUUUGCCAUGGGUCGCCCGAGUGAUUGCAACGGAAGGUAUCGUUGGGCUGUGUGGCGUCACCCCAGCGAGAGCGUGGCCAAAAGAAAGGCCCUUGAAAGAUGCCCAUGCUGCGAGAUCGAAUGGUCGGCCGACGGCAGCAAUGGUGAGAAGUGCAUCGCAAUCGACACCUUCAACGACAAGCGCGGCCUCUAUUGGGCUGCAAGGUCGAGCCGUUCUGCUGCCAAGAGGAAGACGUGCCAGUACCGGGACAAGCCCUCCGACUGCGACACGCACAACUUCGUCCGAUGUGCUGACGACUAGCACCUAUCCCAUCUACUACUUACUCUGUCUGUCUGUGUGUGAGGCAUGCUUGUACGUCCUCCGCACGCACACAGUUCUAUUGCCUGCAUCUGAUGUAAUCGGCGUGAGACGUACUGUGCUUGUGGGUACACGUGUGUGUGGACGUGCCCCAGCUGUGUUCGUUGUUUUUGGAAGUGUCGUGGCCGUCUGUCUGUGUGGAGGGAUGGCGGCCUGCCUCUGUCUGCCCUUGUUUGUUAUGUAUGCUGCCUCUCUGUGUGCUUGCUGUGCGUGCGUAUACAUCGUACAGAGCUGAUCAUGCCUGGUUGCGUGCAGAGCUGUGAUUCUUCCUUCCCUCACGGACAGGCGGGCAUCAUCAACCAGUUCUUUGAUAUGUCGCAUGUCGAAUGAUGUACAUACAUAAGAAGAUGUAUGUGGUCGUGUGCGCUUGGUUGUCAGUUGUCGAGCGGUGAG